AUGGAGUGCUCUGAUUUUAUGCAGCAACUGCGUAGCUUCAAACCACAGUCACUUGGUUGCGCCGUAGCUAGAAGAAAAAGUUCAACUACUCUAAUCUUCCCUCUCCCUCCUCAAGCUUGUUCAGAUGAAUUUUGUGAAGAAUAUCCUCAUAACUUAAUUCCGACCCCUGGUUAUUGGAUUGAGUGUUCACGACAAAAAAUUGCCUCCGAUACAAUAUGGGAUGAGAGUGAGUCGGAAAGAGAUGAAGAAGGAGAAGGGGGUGCUGAAGGUGGUGAUGAGUACCAUUACAGGCACCCACAGCUCCUCGAGGAUGAAGAAGAUGAACCGAGAAAGAAGAGUGUGAUUGAAGAGCAAUGGGAGAAAAACCAGUGCUUUGAGUUGACUUCAGUCGAACAGGAGACAUAUGAAAAAUAUUUCUACGGUCAUGAGCAUUGGAACUACUUCACUAAUGAUGAAGAUCUAGGGCCUGUGAUCUUAAGUAUAAAACAGGAAAUGCUAAAUGGGAGGGACCAGUUUAGGAUCUUAGUUAGAGCUAUCAGUUACACAGCUCAUGGCUUGAUCCCAGCAUCUUGUGUUUUUGCUGAUCGCUAUAACCGGGAAGAAGUAGUUCGUUCCCUUGGAAAAGAAGUUAAUCUUAACCCUCCUUUGACUCUUGGCCAAUUACCAGAUACUCCUGAAGAGCUUCUUAAGUUAGACCAGGUCUUUAUUAAAUCUGAACUGAAAGUUGGUGUUAUAUAUGUUAAAGAAGGUCAAUAUAUGGAAGAAGAAAUAUUAGACAACAAUGAAAAUAGCCCAUUAUUUCAAGAAUUCUUACAAAUUUUAGGCGAAAAAGUGAGGCUUAAAGGGUUUGAUAAAUACAAAGGGGGACUGGAUACAGUUCACGAUCUUACUGGCCUCUAUUCAAUUUAUACAAACUGGAGAAGUAUAGAAAUUAUGUUUCAUGUUUCAACACUCCUUCCAUAUGAAAAACAUGAUCCACAGAAGCUUCAACGGAAAAGGCAUAUUGGCAAUGAUAUAGUGUGUGUAGUGUUUCUGGAAGCUGACAACACCUCAUUUUCACCUGCUUGCAUAAAAUCUCAUUUCCUUCAUACUUUUAUUUUGGUAAGGACAUCACCAAGAAUCAAGAGGAAACCUACAAGAUAUGAGGUGUCUGUAGUUACUAGAGAUGAAGUAGGAGCUUAUAAACCAUAUUUAUGGGAACAAAGUGUUUUUGAUAAAGGCCCAAUGUUCAGGGAGUGGCUACUGACAAAAAUAGUUAAUGGGGAAAGGGCUAGUUACUCAGCUCCAAAGUUUGCAAGAAUGCAGGAAAGAACUAGGAGUCAAAUGCUGGAAGACAUAGUUGCUAACCUAGCCAAUCAUGCUGAAACUGGACAAAUUCCAAAGCCCUACAGGCGUGGUUCAUGGAGACCAAUUGGUCAUAUGAGACCUUCUAGUCCUCUAUUGGAUUCUGUCAGAGAUAGGUUUGAAGACUAUGAUCAGCUAGCAAAGGACUUUACCAAAGCAUUUCUCAAUUCAGAACCUAAUAUUACUGUUAACGCACAGUUGUUUGAUGUAGUUUUCUUGGUUGGACAAAAUAAACAAAAGCAAAGUAGACUGAUAGGGGUUAGAGCAAUACUUGGAGUUAGAAGCAGAGUGUUUCAGGAGAUGCUAUAUGGUAUACAAACAGGUUUUGGAUCACCACAAGUUCCUGUGGCUGAGUUAUUAGCAAGAGCUGUUCCUUCUUUACCGAGCCCUCAGAAACCUAAGAGCAGUAAUUUCCUACAAGUGCCAGAUAUUGAAACUCCAAGACCCAAAAGUGUACCAAGUUCACCAAUGGUAAAAAGAGCAUUUUCAAGACUUGGAACUCUUACAGCUGGAUGGGGCAGAUCUAUAAGGAAACAACAUUCACAUUUAUCUGCUGAUGACAAGAAAAAAUGGGCUUCCUCACAAGACUGUUCCAACAAAGAGGGAAAAGAUGGAAAAGAUAAAGAUAAACAAGCUCCUUCUCAACUCGCUGUGCCAAGACUGAGUGUCUGUGCUGAUGUGCAGAAAGUAGACAGAGCAAAAUUAGCUCAAGUUGAGUUUUCAAUUAUAGAGUUUGAUGCUGAUACCUUUAGAAUAUUGUUGGAUUAUCUGCAUACAAGCUCAUGCCCUCUCACGUGUGCCAAUAUUCCUGGACUAAUAUGUGCAGCAGAACACUAUGAUCUUCCAGAACUUCUUCAAGCUUGUUUUCACCAUGCUAAGCAAUUUCUUCGUAUAGAAGUGGUUUGCUGCAUGUUGUGUUCACUAGAAAAUUAUUAUUGGAGAUACACAUCAGCUUCAGAGCUAGUCAACAUGAUACUUGCUUUUGUAGAAACUAGAGCUCAUCAGCUUUUCCCAACUCCAGAAUUUUUGACUCUAUCUGAGUCGAUGGUUCAAAUGAUAAUGUGUCGUAACUUAGAUAUAGCUGAGGUAAGAAAAUUUGAGGCUAUGCUGAGUUGGGCAAGGCAUAAAAUAAAAACAAAGACGUCUUCUAAAAUUGAUGCCAAACUUGAAUUCAAAUGUAUCAUGGAACGGUUGUCCAGAGAUUUAAAACUUUACAGGAUAUCUCCUCAAGAUCUGAUAAAGAUUGUUCUUCCAAGUAAAGCUAUAAAAAAUGAGCGGAUACUCGAAACUCUUAUGUAUCAGGCAAAUUCUGGAAUGUAUAGAAUACAAGAUAGCUAUCUUGAAGCAUGCCAAAGACGACUUCAGAAACAAGAUUCACGAUUUAGCGAAUGGGAAUCAUUUGACUAUGGAAUAUAA